AUGUCUGUUGCUAAAUAUGUUGAGGAGCUGGGAUCGAUCCUGAGUUCCGAAGAAACCAUUCUCCCAUCUUCGGAUCUGUACAGGACCCAGUCUUUGCCGUGGGCGGCCCAGACAGACCUUAAACCUGCAGUGGUCAUUCGUCCUACGAGCAUCGAAUCGUUGAGCAAGGCCUUGGCAUAUCUUUCGACGACAGACUUGAGCCUCGGCAUUCGAAGCCAAGGUGUUGGCUCAGCUUCAGCAAAGGAUAUCCCGAUAAGUAUGACAACAUUUGAUGAAGUCGACUUUGACCGGCAGAAUGAAAUUGUGACGGUCGGCGCCAAUACUAUGAGAAGAUCGACAAAAUUGGCCCCGGUUAUGCAAGCCAGUUGUCCAAUUGAGGGCCACCUGAAGGCCCAUUUCUCUAGUCGGAAAUAUCAUCUCUCCUCGGAAUUUGGGUUGACAUCAGACCGGGCCAAUAUGCUUGAUGCGCAGGUUGUCAAAGUUGAUGGGACUGUUCUCUGGGCGUCCGAAGACCCAGAACUGCUCUGGGGAAUAAGAACGACAAAUGGUGCAUUUGGCGUGAUCACUCGCUUCAAACUUCGAGCUCGCAAGUAUCAAGCCGAGGUCUGGGGUGGAAACAUCCUAAUCCCGAAGACAGAGCUUCGAGCUGUUGUCAGAGGCAUUGCUGCGAUGGUCGCAAGGCCUCUAAAUCCUAAGGUUGCCUUCUAUCUCUUUGUAAUGAAAAAUAAGCAGUUGACGCAUAUGGGAGCCAAAGAAAAUAUGUUAAUGGUCCAUGCAUUUGCCGCGCUUGGUGAGACACACGGCAGAAGUGGCGAUGGCUUUAAAUGGGCCCUAGAUUGUCCGGGGGCAGUUGACACUACUAAGGUAGUGAGUCUGUCGUGUAUGGCCAAACUACAAGCCAAGGGCGCCGCAAACGUUUGGUGGGCGUCAAUAGCAUUAAGCAGAUUGGAUGAGGCGACACUCCUUCGAGCAUUUGACUGGUAUGAUGAUGCUGCAGCUUCGCCUGGAGCAGUGGGGAAGCGGGCUUCGUUAUUGUUCGGGUUUUUCACCACUCGAGACUCUGACGUCGAAUACCGAUUCCGCUUGGCCACGUCCUCGAGGGUUCCAGCACAAGAUAACGCUCCGCGCCGGGACGGAUAUCGGGGCGUGCCUUGA